AUGGUUGAAGAUCUAUCCGCGACCCAGCUUCAGCAGGCUGUGGCCGAAGCGCAAGCGCAAUAUGUUUCACGAAACCCACAAUCAUUCCAGUUGCACCAAAAGGCACAGCAGUACCUCCCCGGAGGCAACACGAGGACUGUCAUCUACACACCACCAUUCCCUCUCACAUUCUCCGGAGGCAAAGACGCGACAUUGACGACGGUGGAUGGCGACGUCUAUGUCGACUUCCUGGGCGAGUUCAGCGCGGGCAUCUACGGCCACUCCAAUGCGCGUAUCAAGAAAGCCGUGGUGGAGGCCCUCGAUGCAGGAUGGAACCUGGGCGGGCACGGCGUGUACGAAAAGCUACUGGCGGCCAAAGUGGUGGAGCGCUUCAGGCCGAGCGGGAUCGAGCUGGUGCGCUUCACCAACUCGGGCACCGAGGCCAACACCAUGGCAGUGGCGACGGCGCUGCAUGUGACGGGCCGGACCAAGGUACUGGUCUUCACCUCGGCCUUCCACGGCAGCACGUUUGUCUUCCCCAAGGCGCCGAUGAAGAGCACGACGACGGCCAACCUGAAUCUCCCGCACGAAUUUGUGCUGGCCCCAUUCAACAACAUGGCCGAGACCCAGGCGAUCGUGGCAGCCUUGCCGGCCCAGAGCCUCGCGGCCAUCAUGGUGGAGCCGGUGCAAGGCUCGGGCGGCUGCCGACCAGCCACGCGCGAAUUCAUGCACUACCUUCGCCAGACGGCGGACGAGCAGCGGGCCAUCCUCAUCGUCGACGAGGUCAUGGCCUCGCGGCUGGGGUUCCACGGCUCGUGUGCGAGCCUGGGCAUCCGCGCCGACCUGGUGUCGCUGGGCAAGUAUAUCGGCGGCGGCAUGACCUUUGGCGCCUUCGGGGGCCGACGCGACCUCAUGGAGCUGUUUGACCCGGCCCGAGCCCUGCUCGCCCACCCGGGAACUUUCAACAACAACGUCGUCAGCAUGGCGGCCGGCGUCGAGGGCUUGGACAUCUACGACGCCGACAAGGUGGCCAGCCUCAACGCCACGGGCGUCAGCAUGAAGAAGGCCAUCCAAGCCAUCCUCAUCGACGAGGGCAUCUAUCCCCGCGGUCCCGACUCGUCGUGGGACCUCAUCGAGGUCGACAGUUUCCACCGCCCAACCAUGACCCGUGUCUCGACGUCGGGAGAAGCCGACGCCGAAGCCACGGCCGAGUCGUUCAAGUUGGUGAAGCUGCCACUCAUGUUCGUGACCGGACGAGGAAGCAUGCUGAACCUGCGCUUUUCCGGUCCCCAGGAAGCCCAAUGGAGUGCGCUCUUCUAUCACCACAUGCUACAGAACAACAUCUACAUCGCCCAACGAGGUUACAGUCCUCUGAACUUGGAGCUGACCCAGGUCGACGUCGACGCCUAUGUCUCGGCCAUUCAGUCAUUCGUUUCGAAGCACAAGACCCACUUGAGAGCGCUCUCGUGA